AAGAAGAAGAAGAAGAAAAAGAGGAAAGCGGCGGCUAGUGCGGAGGAUGAUACAAAAACUAAAAAAGCAAAACCUGAAGAAGAUGAAUCUGUGGAGGUAGAAGAUGAAGAUAAGCAGGAUUCUGGAGAGAAAGAAGUGGAAGAAGAGGAGGGGGAGGAGGAUGAAGUGCCCAGUUUACCACUAGGUCUAACAGGUGCUUUCGAAGACAAUUCUUUUACUUCCCUGGCUGGUGUUGUCAGUGAGAAUACAUUGAAAGGCAUAAAUGACAUGGGUUUUACACACAUGACUGAAAUUCAACAUAAAAGUAUUAAGCCGCUUCUGGAAGGCAGGGAUAUUUUAGCAGCUGCAAAGACAGGCAGUGGCAAGACUCUUGCGUUUCUGAUUCCUGCGGUAGAGCUCAUCUACAAGCUAAAAUUCAUGCCUAGAAAUGGAACAGGUGUUAUUAUUCUUUCUCCUACUCGAGAGCUUGCGAUGCAGACCUACGGAGUUCUAAAAGAACUCAUGAAUCAUCAUGUUCACACCUAUGGUCUGAUAAUGGGGGGCAGUAACAGAUCAGCAGAAGCACAGAAACUUGGAAAUGGAAUUAAUAUCAUUGUGGCUACACCAGGAAGACUGCUGGAUCAUAUGCAGAACACUCCAGGUUUCAUGUAUAAGAACUUGCAGUGUUUGGUAAUUGAUGAGGCGGAUCGUAUCUUGGAGGUUGGAUUUGAAGAAGAAAUGAAACAGAUCAUAAAACUUCUACCAAAACGCAGACAGACGAUGCUUUUUUCCGCUACACAAACCAGAAAGGUUGAAGAUCUGGCAAAGAUCUCUCUGAAGAAAGAGCCGCUGUACGUUGGGGUUGAUGAUAACAAGGAGACAGCAACAGUAGAUGGUCUUGAACAGGGGUAUGUAGUGUGUCCUUCUGAGAAAAGAUUCCUCUUGCUCUUUACAUUCCUCAAGAAGAACCGGAAGAAGAAACUGAUGGUAUUUUUUUCUUCAUGUAUGUCAGUGAAGUAUCACUAUGAAUUACUCAACUAUAUUGAUCUGCCUGUCUUGGCCAUUCAUGGCAAGCAGAAACAAACCAAACGUACUACAACGUUUUUCCAGUUCUGUAAUGCAGAAUCUGGAAUACUGUUGUGCACGGAUGUAGCUGCCAGAGGACUGGAUAUUCCUGAAGUUGACUGGAUCGUCCAGUAUGACCCUCCAGAUGAUCCAAAAGAAUAUAUUCAUCGUGUUGGAAGAACUGCCAGAGGCAUAAAUGGUAGAGGACACGCUCUGCUCAUUUUACGACCAGAAGAACUGGGCUUUCUUCGUUACCUAAAACAAGCCAGGGUACCACUAAGUGAAUUUGAAUUUUCUUGGGCAAAAAUUUCAGACAUCCAGUCUCAGCUGGAGAAACUGAUUGAGAAGAACUACUUCCUUCACAAGUCAGCCCAGGAAGCAUACAAAGCUUACAUAAGAGCUUAUGACUCCCAUUCUCUGAAGCAGAUCUAUAAUGUCAAUAACUUGGAUCUUCCCAAAGUCAGCCUUUCAUUUGGUUUUAAAGUUCCUCCGUUUGUUGACCUCAAUGUGAACAGCAACCAUGGCAGAAGACUACAGAAAAGAGGUGGAGGUGGGGGAUUUGGUUACCAGAUUUUUUUCCACAAAGCUAAAAUCUUCAAACACAUUAGCAAGAAAUCGGACAGUCGGCAGUUUUCUCGUUAA